AUGGGGGAGUGGACAAUCUUGGAGAGGCUCCUGGAGACUGCAGUCCAGCAACACUCCACUAUGAUUGGAAGAAUCCUCCUCACGGUGGUGGUGAUCUUCCGAAUUUUAAUCGUUGCCAUCGUCGGGGAGACAGUCUACGAAGACGAGCAGGCCAUGUUCAUGUGCAACACUCUUCAGCCAGGCUGUAACCAGGCCUGUUACGAUCGGGCUUUCCCCAUCUCUCACAUCAGAUACUGGGUCUUCCAGAUCAUCCUGGUGUGCACUCCAAGCCUCUGCUUCAUCACGUACUCUGUGCACCAGUUGUCCAAACAGAAGGAAAAGCGUUUCUCCAUGCUCUACCCACUUCUGGAUCGGGAUUUCACCAGGAUGUCCCUGGAACAGAAGGAGGACAAGAAGCCGAGAUGCAGUUUCGUCAAUGGGAUUCUGGGCCAAGUCCCAGAGGGAACUGUAAAGGCACCGGAACCAGACCACGUGGAGAGCAAGAAGAUGUCUAACCUUUCCGCGUGGAUCAGUAGCAAAAACAUGAAGAUGAAACAUCAGGAGGGCAUAUCGAGAUUUUACAUUAUCCAAGUGGUCUUCAGGAAUGUCUUGGAGAUUGGCUUCUUGAUGGGACAAUACUUUCUCUAUGGGUUCAAUGUUCCUGCGAUUUUUGAGUGUGACAGGUAUCCUUGCGUCAAGGAGGUGGAGUGCUACGUGUCCAGACCAACGGAAAAGACAAUCUUCCUGGUUUUCAUGUUCGCCGUCAGUGGAGUCUGCGUGGUUCUCAACCUAGCUGAGCUCAACCACCUGGGCUGGAGGAAGAUCAAGGCAGCGGUCAGGGGAGUACAAGCCAAGAGGAAGUCCACGUUCGAGAUCAGGAAGAAGGUCCCGCCAUAUUUCAGUGCCCAGGGGAGGACCCAAUCUAGCGAGUCUGCAUACGUCUGA